GGACAAGACACAUGUCCGUGGGAUCUGUCUCUGUCCAAGGUCACCUUGUGCUUUUGAUCAACUGUAUCGUGGACUUCUGGCUUGCGAGCGUGCAGUAAAAUCUCUCUAACCAACAGGUGCACCCAGCUCGCCAGCUCUCUGCCGCGCUGGCCCUGUGCAUCUCGUUCUCUGGCGUUUCAGGUAGCCGCCCGUUGCAGAUCAACAAUCCACCUUCGCCAAACCGGGUGACUUGGCCCUCGUCCGGCAAACCACGCUUGACGUCGACCCCGUCGUCCUCGUGGCCUCAAGGGUCUCGCUUUGGCUGGCGUGGGCACUGGGCAGUCAGCAAAACCAAAUGCAAAUCCAUUACUUUGGACUUUUCCAAACCUCCACGCGCGUGAUUGCUUUCAUGCACUAAUAUCACAACAUCUACUAUACAGCAAGCCUCCUCCCACCGAGCCUUGCCUUGCCUGACGGAGCCGUCCAGCUUGGAGCACCGUAUUCCCUCCGCUCUGGUGUCACCAUCGAGGCACAGGGUUUGCAAGGCACACAAUCCGAGCCCUGCGGCUGCGUCUGCGUCUGCGUCUCAACCUCGACUGCACCGUCGUGCAACGGGCAAAAGAACACGACCAAUUUGCCUCCCACCCGCUGCAGGAUUCCGCCACGAUAACCUCGAUAACGCCUCUCCCCACUGAACUCGAACUGGUUCGAGUCUACUUAUUAGAAAGAGAAAGCUGUACAAAAUAUCGGAAAUCCUGACGGUGCUUCCGAAAGCCCUGCUAUUUCCCACGCAUCAUCAACCUUCCUGCCGACUCUGAGCGCACCCUAUAACGAAAUCAUGUCUUCCCCGGUGCCGCUUCUUCGGCCACCUGUCCCUGGUGCUCGAAGCUCAAGCGGUAGCCGGACCCCUCGUUUGACAUUGGGAAUUCCGCCUUCACCCAACCAACGACCAGUCUCUGGAGAGGGAGAACAGGCUGCUGAAGUCCCCCGCUUCAGCCUGGCCGCAUCUGGAGUGAAGGGGCCACCAAAACUAUCUCUUGCAACACCGAUGGGAAGUCUCGGUUCAGUGCAAGAAGGAGCAACCAAUCUAAGACCACAGAUACAACCCUUGAAUAUAUCCGCAGUGACAGGAAAUGAAGCCAUUAGCAGGCCAAGAGGGGAUAGUUUCCACGCCGCCAGCGUUCCCGGAUCUGCUUCGUCGUCCACAUACUCAGCCCUCUCAUUCGCCAUGCACGGUAGGCAAGCUGGGACACCUGACCCAUCCUCGGCGAUAAGUUCGAUCUAUUCAGAGGCCAGUAUCGGCGGGACUUCGAUGGAAAGAGAGUCGAGUAUGGGUGGGUUGUCGGUGGACUUUGAGAAACUCGCGAUCGAGAAAGGCAGGCCGCUCGAUGUGGAAGACCUGGACGACGAAGGCUGGGGUGCAGCGAGUGAACAGAAGAAAAUUAUCGAACUGGGUUCUCUGGGUGAAGGUGCGGGAGGGGCGGUGACACGGUGCAUGUUGGAAGGCGGCAAGACCAUUUUCGCCCUCAAGAUCAUCACCACCAGUCCCGACCCAGACGUGAAAAAGCAGAUCCUUCGUGAACUCAAAUUCAACAAGAACUGCACGUCCGAAUAUAUCUGCCAAUACUACGGGGCUUUCAUGGACAAAUCCUCGAGCACGAUAUCAAUAGCAAUGGAGUUCUGCGAGGGUGGCAGCCUGGACAGUGUCUACCGCGAGGUCAAGAAGCUGGGUGGCAGAACGGGAGAAAAGGUCCUGGGCAAGAUCGCAGAAGGCGUGUUGCAUGGUCUCACCUAUCUCAACAGCAGGAAGAUCAUACACAGAGAUAUCAAACCUUCUAACAUCCUCCUCUGCCGUAACGGCCAGGUCAAGCUCUGCGACUUUGGCGUUUCCGGUGAAUUCGGCACCAAAGGUGACGCCAACACCUUCAUAGGCACCUCUUAUUACAUGGCCCCCGAAAGGAUACAAGGGCAAUCCUACACCAUCACUUCCGACGUGUGGUCUUUGGGUGUGACCUUAUUGGAAGUUGCACAGCAUCGCUUCCCAUUCCCAGCCGACGGGACGGAAAUGCAGCCUCGUGCUGGCUUGAUCGAUCUGCUCACAUAUAUUGUCGCUCAGCCAAUACCAAAGCUAAAAGACGAGCCCGAGAACGGCAUCAAGUGGAGCGACAUGUUCAAGUACUUUAUCGAGUGCUGCUUGGAGAAGGAACCCCCUAGGCGAGCCACACCGUGGCGAAUGCUCGAGCACCCGUGGAUGGUCGAGAUGAAGGCAAAGAAGGUCAGCAUGAGCUCCUUCUUGAAACAAGUGUGGGAUUGGAAAGACUGAAUGAACGACACGCUAUCUGGGCCAGAACUGGGGACGCCUUGCGAUGUCGAUUUGAACAUGACUAUGCGGAAGCGAAUCUUGGAUUUUGAUGACGCGAUCCCCUGGAGGAAAAUACGACCGUAUUAAUGCUGGAAUGAAGGGAAGUAAGGAUUACUAAUGGGCAAGACUCAACGGCUUCGCUCUGAGGCAACCACUCGCUGAGAGGCGUCUGGAUCAAGGACAAGCACCGACCAGCCCGAGAUGAUAUUGAGGUACUACACCUUGGGUGUGCGAAACCGAGCCUUUGUCCUGAUGGGGCGAAGACUGUAUUGUGCCAUCAAGGCGGACCUGCAGCGGUUCGAUGGCUCAAUAGUGCAUACUCGCUGCAGUUCGAGCAGCUGGGUGCCCUUAUGCAUCUAUUAUCGUUAGAUAGAGUUACGGUGAAGUCAAUGAGGUCAAUGCCGGGACAGAGCGAAAGAAGAUCACAUUAACCAGCUGAGAAGCGGUGCUACUCUAAUUUCACUGAUCCCAACUGCCCUGAUAGUUGCCCGUGCCGCCGCCACGACGUUCAGAGCUUGGCUUUAUGUGCAAUCAGUGUGUAUCCCCUG